CACCUGCUCAUGUGCCCACCAUUUUUAAAAAGCAAACUGCAACCCACCCCGCCCAAGUUGGGCGGCCAAACUGAACAACGCUACAUCCCUGCGUCGAUGACUUUGAGCUCCGUGGGUUGACUUCGUGUCUUUGAGCCAUCGGUGCAUCAUCUGGUUGUUGAGUUCUUGCGACAAUCACAAUCAGUCCGCUGUAUCAGAUUUCUUUGAAGCCUUAACAGGGUUGUUGGGUAAGACGAAUUUUGGCAGGUGAUUCAGAGGAAUAGUUGAACCACUGAAAUUCGUGCGAGUUAACUACUAGCCCUCCAGAAUGGAGGAGCAGUCAGAUCACCCUCAUCAUGAGCACGGUAUGGCCGAUCAAGCAUUUCGCCCCUUGACUUCGCUCUUGCUGUCGGCACCAGCUGUGGCACGAGAACAUGCUAGUUCUUCUUCAGACAACAACUUGCCUAGUCUGCCUAGCUUGUCUCCACCUGAUGAUGGCUACAUCUGGAAGAAGUGCGCACAGAACAUCGUUCCUGGUUGUGGAUAUCCAACGGUGUAUUACAAAUGCACCCAGGAAGGCUGUGAGGUCAAUAAGCUUGUGGUAUGCUCCGCGGAUGGUCAUCAGGUUUUCGAGACGGUUCUUAGUGGGUGCCACAACCACCCACGUCCAAGGGAUGCCCCCGCUGGAUUCGAUGGAGGUGAGCAACUUUCCAGUUCAAGUGAUAGCGAGGAAGACAAUGAUAUCGAAGCAGGAGUUGAAGAAGAUGUUGCUGGUGAUUCCAGUGCGAUAGAAAGGCAUGUUCCAGCUCCAGCUGAUAGGAUCACUGCACAAACCGGGACUAGAUAUUCUCACAGACAAAGAUCAAAGUCCAAGGUGUGGGAGGAGUUUACUGCUGUGUUAAGAGGUGGAAAAAUUCAAAGUGCAGAAUGUAAACAUUGUAAAAGGCUCCUUAGUGGAACAAGCACAGGAAGGACAACCCAUCUGCGCCAGCAUCUUAAGAUCUGUCCUGCACGACCGGCAACUGGUCGGAUGCAGCAACAACGGUCAUCUCCACAUCCUGGCUCAACUGUUGACUGGAAGUCUGAUCAAGACAGAUCUCUUGAAUUCCUUACCAGGGCUUUCGUCUCUAACCUUUUCUCCCCUCCAUUGACAAGCAGUGCAACUUUUAGGCAAUUUUGGGCUGGCAUCUGUCCUACUAACAAUGCAGUAUCGCAAGGUGCUAUUGAAGAGAAGUUCCUCAGUAUUUUUCAGAAUGAAAAGACUAAGCUUAAGGAGGAAAUAGCACUUGCACCUGGUGGAGUUUUUCUGACAGUAAAAAAGAGCUAUCUCGAUACUAAGCACUUUAUCAUUUUGGCCGUGCACUUCAUUGACAAAGAAUGGAAUUUGAAUAGGAAAAUCAUUGGAUGUUGCUUUUCGGGGUGUGACAUUGAUGCUGUGUAUUAUGUUAGCCUUUCCCACUGUUUUCAAUCAAGCCGCAAUUUCACUAUUGGGGAUUGGAAAGCAGUUGAAGAAGAAAAAGCGAAAGAAGCAGUACAAAAUUGGAGUCUUGAGUGGAAGCUUCUAGGAAUUAUAUCGCCCAAUCCAUUAGUAGGUGAUACAGCUGUAUCGACUUUGGAGAAGAAUCUUACAGAACAGAAUUAUCUGUUAGCAAAAUGUAAGUUAUUACAUCUCCCUUGCAUAAUAGAUGCUCUACAUGACUUUUUUGGUUAUGAACUCAACGAAUAUGUUCUAACAACAAGCCAGAGCUGGUGUGAGUACAUGACAUGCUCCCCACUGCGUAAGGAUAAAUACAAAGAAAUCCUGUCACGCAUGCAAAUAAGCCGACCUUCUUUUGGUUCGCAGAGAUGGUACUUGAUUUUCUAUGCAUUGGAGGCUGCUUUGCAGUUUAACAAUGAGCUGCCAAACCCUCAACAGAUAGAUUACAAAUCUUAUCCAUCUAAGCCAUCUUAUGCACAACUACAAGCAGCAGAGAACUUUUGUGAUCUUGGAAGGUCGAUUUACCAUGCAAUAAAAGUGAUUUCCAGACCUGGCAACGCGACAUUGAAUUCACACUUUCAUGCAAUUUGGAACUUGAAGAUAGCUCUACGCCGUUCAUCUAGCAAGGUAAACAUUGACCAAGUUUUAGAUAUUGAGCGAAUGCAGCUGAAGUUUGACCAGCUUUGGAGGAAAUGGUACCUAUGGCUGUCUUUAGCUGUUGUACUAGAUCCCAGAUAUAAAAUCAGGUUUCUUGUCAUUUGCUUUAAGGAAGCCUUUGGUAGUCAUGCCAAAAAGUAUAUUCUUGAAGUGCGUGGAAAGUUGUAUGAGCUCUUUCUUCAGUACUCUUUUCAUGUUGAUCAGCAAAAUUGUGAGAACUUUAAUCAGAGAAACAAUGAUUUACAGUUAGAUAUACAUGGUAGCUUACCAGUAACUGACACAAGUCAAAGUUACAUUGAGCAAGCAGCACAUGAGGAAUUGGGAGAAGUCAUUACAUACCUUGAAGGAGAGCUUAUUCCCCAAAAUGUCUGUUUCGAUGUUUUGAAAUGGUGGAAGGAAAAUGCUUCCAUCUACCCAACUCUUGCCAGGCUGGCACGUGACAUCUUAGCAAUCCCUGCAUCUACAGUCUCUGCUGAAUCUGCAUUUGAUGAAAAUGAUGAACGGAUGAGUCUUUUCAAUCAAAAACUUAGUCCUGAAUUAGUUGAGGCCCUCAUCUGCACUCAGGAUUGGAUCAAAUCUUCAGAAACAAAUGACAUAGUUGGUGGAAACAGAAACAUGCCUGCUUGAUGCACAGCAAGCUUAAUGGUGCCUCCACUCCAGCAUCCUUUCAAGGGUGCAGUUGAUCCAAAUUAAUCCACACCGGACUUAGCUUGUGGUGUUAACAAAUAUCUUUACCGGCAGCAGAUGGACCUGCCAAAGAAUGUGAUAGAACAGCAGAAGGAAGAAAAAUGAUCACGUUGGCAUGCAUGUUGAACCUGCAUCACAAUCUUGGCAUCCUUCCUGACCAUGAUCCACGUUGGCAUAUGCAUGGUCUCCGUCAGUGAUCGAUCGCUGUGGUUCAAUUUUACCAACGAUCACGUCAGGAUUGGUGAGCGCGCUGAUGACGCCGCCUUGGUGCUAGAGUUCUGAUGGCCUUGAUCUCUGCAGUUCAUUUUUUCU